AUGCAGCUCGUCUGGCCGACGGUGAAUGCGGCGCGGGCGGGGCGGGGCGGGGCGGGGCGGGCGGGUGGGUCCCGCGGGUCCGCGGCUGGGCGCACUGAUAGCGUGAACGCCCCGCCGCCCGCCCACACACCCGCUCGCCCGCUCGCCCAUCCGUCGGUCCGCUCACACAACCAAACACCCACUUACCCACCCCCGCGCUGCCCGCCCGUCCGUCCGUGCGUUCACCUGCCUGCCCGCCCCACCCGCCGCCCCGACCUUCCGUCCGCCUACCCACCUACACGCGGCGGAGGAGGCGGCGGGGGCGGGUCGCCGCGCUCGUGGCGCUUCAAGAAGGCGUCGGACAAAGAGAAGGCGGCCGCGCCGCCCGCCGGCGCCGCCGGCCUCGUCAACCCCGCCGCGCGCCCCAACGCCCCGCAGAGAGAUGCUUUGAUCUUACGCCGGGGCCUCACGGAUAAAUUCUACCAUCAACAAGGCGCCCUCAAGGUGCUGCUGGUGUUCGCAAAGGACGACGCGACGGUGGCGGCGCUGCGCGGCGCGGCGGGGCAGCUGGGCUACGAGUGCAGCCUGGCGCGCAACUCGGCUUCGUGCGUGGAUGCCUUCCAGAGCCGCUGCCACGACCUCGUCAUCGUGGACAACCGCGACCCCAAGACCUUGGACGGCGAAGCCAUCGGAAAAGCCCUUCGAGCAGUGAAAAGCAGUCAGUUCUCGGUCUUCGUGGCACUAGUUAAACGGUCAAUACUAGUCUCUAUUACUACUCUCUUGUACUCAUAUCUCUGCUUCAGGGAGACAGAGAAGCAAGACUGUUCUAUACUGCCAUACAUAAAUGCAGGAUAUGAUCGGACAGUGUUAGAUUUUGGUGUGAUUAAAAAUUUACUUGCCAGCAAUGCUGCAAAAAUUGAAAUAUUAUGCGAUCUUCGAACGAAAUUUGUGAAAACAAAAUGUUAUCGUUGGGUGGUGGAGGUGACGAGCGCGGCGCCGUUCGUGAGCGAGCUGCUGCAGAUGGACACGUCGGAGGUGCAGCCACGCAAGCAGCUCUGGGCCUACCACUCCUUCCUGCUGAUGGCCGAGCGCUCGCGCGAGCUCUGCAUCAUCACCGACUACUCCCAUCACAUCGUGUACGCGAACCGCGCGGUGGAGCGGGCGGUGGGGUCGUCGGCCAAGGAGCUGUACGGCCGCUGCGUGUACGACCUGGUGCAUGUGGACUCGCGCGAGCGCCUGCUCAACGCGGCGGUGAAGGGCCGCGAGUGGGAGGGCGUGGCGACGGUGGCGCCGCGCAGGAACUCGGAGACCAUGAUGCUGCAGUGCCGCGUCAUGCCCAACGGCGCCGUCGGACGGGCGCCGGCCAACCUGGUGUUCAUGCUGGAGCCGCCCCCGAAGCGCGGCUCGGAGGCGGGCAUGUCGGGGCGCGGCUCGGUGCCGUCGGUGCGGCGCGGCUCCGCCGACAUGCGCUCCGUCUGCAGCGACGGUCUUCGGCGGCAGAGCGUCACCAAGCUCAACACGCUCUCCAUCGAGGCGCCCAUCACCAAGGUGGUGACGCUCAUCAGCCAGGCGCAGGAACAGUCCUCUCCCGAAGUGUCGCUGAUGCUGGAUAAGGUGGUGGACAUUCUACGCACAACUGAGCUGUAUUCCCCUGUAGUGCGCGAGGACAGAUUGCGGCCUGACGACCCUGUCACCUCCGAUCUCAUAUCGGCGCUUCUUCAGCGUGGUGGCGCCGACGACGCGGCGCAGCUCCAACGACUCGGCGGUGGGGCGCGGCGUGCACGCGCCGCGCGGCAGCCGCAGCGCGCCCAACGCCUCCACGCAGCUCUCCGUGCUGCUCGAGUCCUCGCUGCUCUGGGAGUUCGACAUCUUCAAGCUGGAGGAGCUCAGCGGACAAAGCACUUCGAGGUCCCGCAGACGUUGAACGUGGACAUGAACACGGUGCACAAUUGGCUGAGCAUCAUCGAGAUGAACUACCGCGCCACCAACACGUACCACAACUCGUCGCACGCCGCCGACGUGAUGCAGUCGAGCGCCGCCUUCCUGGAGCGCGAGCGCCUGCAGCGGAUCCUCGACCCGCUGGACAACGCGUGCUGCCUCAUCGCCGCGGCCGUGCACGACGUCGACCACCCGGGCCGAUCCAGCGCCUUCCUGUGCAACUCGGACCACGAGCUGGCCAUUCUGUACAAUGACAUUUGCGUCCUGGAGUCGCACCACGCGGCGCUGGCGUUCAGGCUGACCGUGUCGGACGAGCGGGUCAACAUUUUCAAGGGACUCGAGCGGGACGUGUACAAAAUGGUGCGGCUCAGCAUCAUCGACAUGGUGCUUGCCACGGAGAUGACGAAGCACUUCGAGCACCUCGCCAAGUUCGUCAACGUCUUCUCCAAGCCCGUGCGGGAGGACGACGAGUCCAGCCACCUGGGAGCAGACACGGAGGGCGCCGUCAUGACGCAAGAGAACAUCGCCCUGGCCAAGCGCAUGCUCAUCAAGUGCGCGGACGUGAGCAACCCGGCGCGCCCCCUGCGCCAGUGCGUGGAGUGGGCACUGCGCAUCGCCGAGGAGUACUUUCAGCAGACGGACGAGGAGAAGAGCAAGCAGCUCCCUGUCGUGAUGCCGAUGUUUGACCGGGCGAGUUGCUCCAUUCCCAAAUCCCAAAUUGGCUUCAUGGACUUCAUCAUCAAUGAUAUGUUUGAGGCUUGGGAAGAAGUAGUAAGCAAGGGAGAGUGCAGAGAAAUCGCCACGGAUGAUCCCCAAGAUGAUGCGAGAGAUGAUGCCAAAGAUAGUGAUCAAGACGACCUCAAAGAUGGGAUGAUGAAUGGAGCUAAAGACGGAGCUAAAAGUAGCCUCAAAGACCGCAGAGACAGUAGCAAGUCCAGUGGAAAGAACGAUGUGAAAUUAGAUAUCGGACAAAGUAGCAAACAAGGAGAAAAGCUUGAUAGGGCCGACAAGAGGAAUAGUGUCAAAGAGGAAGAAAAACCCAAUUUGGAGUCAACUGACAGACAGAGUGGCAAAUCUCCUGUAAAGUACGAUUUUAAACCUGACCUAACAAGAGGCAAGUCCAAUUCAGAACAUGAUGGCCAGCAAGCGGGACUUGUUAGUCGCAAGCCUGUGGAGAGAGUAGUUGGAAAGUUAGAUAUAAAGUUGCCUACGAAACGCAGUAGCAAACAAGAAGCAAGGGUGGAAACGAAACACAGCUGCAAGCGUUGUGUGAAAUAUAGCGCUGAGGAUAUUCCCGAACGACCAAUUUGCAAAUUACAAUGCAACGACUGCAACCAACAUACAAUCUCUGUUUACAACUUAAAAUACAAAACAACACGUGACAGACAAGUAAAUGACAUAAGAAUACCAAAAAGUAUAAAAAUCGAAAAAAGUAAUAAAGACAAGCCUGACAAACACUGA